AUGACAUCUACCACCAGCGCAGAUGCUGCUGACAUCUCGUUGGCGGCAGCCGUCGCAGCACUGAGUGUCGAGUUUGUCGUGCAUCCUUUCGACACGCUCAUCACACGGAUACAAUCUCCUGAGUAUGUACCCAAGUACAGAAGUCACGAGGGCAAGCUACAGCCCUCUCUAUUCCAGGGUCUCUAUCGUGGUAUAGGACCAACCGUCGUCACUACCAUCCCAGCCUCUAUCACCUUCUUCGGCAUAUACGAAACGGCAAAAAAGUCACUUCAGCCUGCCGAAGGACUCAAGCCAGGCAGUAUCUCACAGAUAGCGGUGCACGCGACCAGUAGUGCACUGGCUGAUAUGGUGGCCUGUGCGAUCAUCAACCCCUCGGAGGUCCUAAAGCAAAAUGCGCAGGUGUCAAGGUUCUCGGAGGGACGUGGACAGAAAUAUCCUGUUUUGGCAGCGUUAAAGCACUUCUCACGGCAUCCCUUGAAGCUGUGGACGGGGUACACGGUCUUGGUGGCUGGCAAUCUUCCACGAACAAGUCUCACCUUUUCGAUAUACGAGUAUCUCAAGAGCUCUUGGCUUCAAAGGUCAGAUGAUCCGAAGAGUAUCGCACAGCAGGUGAAAGUCAGCGGUGUCACAGCUGGUAUCGGCGGCGCCCUUGCAUCUUUGCUUUUUGUCCCCAUCGACGUGGUGAAAACUCGAAUGCGUCUACCUGAAAAGGCUCCUGCUAGUCACCCUCUACAGCCCGAAUCCCUUUUCACAUCAACACUUAGCAGAGAGAAAGCCAGAAAACCAGCGGCACAAGGUCCGAUAUCUAUUGCGAAGGGUAUUUUGGUAAAGGAUGGCAUUUCAGGGCUGUUUAGAGGAGCAACUGUCACCUGCAUAGCGGCUGCUGUUGGCAAUGGGUUGUUCUUGGGCUGUUAUGAAGGAUUGAAGCUACAUUAUGCGCAUGAAGCUUCAAGGCGCGAGAUUAUUCCUUGA